AUGCAGUAUAAAGCCAGCCCCACAACCACCAAGUUUCCUGAGAAAAUGCCUGCAAUUGCUCCAGUUGCAAUAGGCACACGGGGCACCGUAGGAUCACUUGUCAGAAAGGAAAUUGAAUACUUCAGAAAGAUUGAAAUAGACAGAUGUGGAAGCUCCCGGAAGCCUCAGGGACAGAUUGUGGACAUGGCUUCCACCAGUGGUCGCUCGGCCUCCAGGCCUAGUUUCUGGUUCUUGAUGAUGACAUGGAAAAGGAAGAAGCAGAGAAGCAGUAGUGGGAUCCUCCCAAGCAUUUGCUCUGCUGUGGAAGUUGCAGACAGCAGUAGGCUAAAUAGAAUCCCUGGUUACAAUUACAGGAUCCUUAAGAAUGACUUGCACCUCUAG